AUGCCUCAAAUCAAGAUAUAUGAGCUAUCUGAAGCAGACAAAAGGGGGUUUAGCAAGACGGUAAAAGUUUUCAUUUGCUAUGAGCUUCAGCCCACAGCUCAUCCGGACGAAUUGGUUUCCUCUAUCGUGGAAGGAGUGAGAAACGCAACUCGCCAACUGCCCUUCAUGGCAGGGACUUUGGAGUUUCAGAAAACUGGAAAGCUCUGUAUUUUGGUGUCUCCGGAAAACCAGACUGAAGUCAAAAUCCGCAGAUUUUCGUCUACUGAGCACAAGUCUUUCUCCAUAUUAUCGAAGAACUCAUUCGUCCCGGAUGACCUGGACUUUACCCAGCUUCUGCCCGAAGAAGAGGCGGGUAAGAACAGUGUCUGUGCUCUCCAACUGAGUCUUAUUGAGGCUGGUCUAAUCAUGGGCUUCCGAAUGAACCAUGCUACCGGGGACUGGGCGUCAAUCAACACGUUCUUGUCUCUUAUUUGCCAAAGCACGAAGGCACACCGCGCCGGUCUUGAUGGUACGGUAUAUGUCCCAGACCUGAAUAGGGAUCCAUACAAUACUCUAGCUCCGGACCCGUGUUUAUCAAGGGAAGAUCUUCUCGAAAACCUGUCAAUGUUUUAUGUCAUGAAUAAGAGCGACUUGAAACGACCACCACCACCACCGUCCCUAAAGUCAAAUAUCUACAGGAUCAAUGAGCGAACGAUGCAACGCCUCAAAGCCCGCUGUGCCCCAUUCCUUGGCGACCUUGGCUAUGUCACCUCCUAUGAUUGCAUCGCUGCCCUCGCCUGGAGGUCAAUCACACGAGCCCGACUUGGAAUUAACCCAGAGGGAUCCAUUACACCAUCACGCUUCGUUCACCCCAUUGAUGUCCGUACUAGAGAUCCAGAUCACAGAACUACCAAAAACUACUUCGGCAACGCCGUUAUCGGGUGCCAAGCCGGUCCGGUAAUUGCGCAAGAACUGGUUGUGGACGGGGACGAAAAGUUUGCGGCUGCAGCAACCCUCAUACGCAAAUCUAUAUCUACAGUCGGACUUUCCACAGUCGGGCACAUGACGUCUCUCAUUGGAUCUCUCUCUCCAACAGAGACCCUGGGCAGCCUGGCAGAUUUCUUCGGCAUGGAUCUUUUGAUGAACACCUGGUAUUCGGGUACGGCAGAGAAUUAUGAUAUUGGAGCUGGUUCGGUUCCUGUCGCGGCUAGACUGGAUCCAAGUAUGGCAGGAGCUUGCGUGAUCAUUUUGCCAAAUUUCUCGUGGGGAGGAGAGAGAACUUUUGAGGCUUUUGUGCAGUUACCUUCUGAGGAACACGAGCUACUUGAGAAAGACGCAGAGUUCUCAAAGUACUUCGAGCCAAUUGUGUGA